AAGCAGAAUCUCAGUACGGAUUAAUACAGAAUACGGAAGACACCCCUUGUUAACCAUCCAACUUCAGCCAGGCAGUCGGCCAACCAUCUUCAAAAGCCUCUUGCGAGCCUCCGGCUCUUCAUCGCCAUGUCAGACACGAUCCCCAUCACAGUCGAUUUCGCCGGAGGUCUUGAGAAGCUGUUUGGCGACCAGCGGCGGCACUCCGUCUCGCUCCCGGCCCGCGACAGCAACGGCCGCCCAGCCAACGUCGCCUUCCUCGCCGACUAUCUCUGCAAGAACCUGAUGACAGAUCCGCGGACUGACCAGCUCCUCGAGGAUAAGCACAUCCGCCCGGGCAUCCUGGUCCUCAUCAACGACGCCGACUGGGAGCUCGAAGGGGAAGAGGCGUAUGAGAUUCAGCCGAACGACAACAUCCUGUUUGUCACGACUCUUCAUGGUGGCUGAUCAGCUCUCCUCCCCUUCCUCGCCCCCCGGGAAAGCAGGGUGCGAAGUACGCCCCCUCGUGCAACGGGUCCUUCCGUCUCCAACUGACUCACUAUCCGUAAAUCAAAUUCAUGCCUAUCCUUGACCGCGAUCGUUUCCUCUCCCGCUGGCG